AUGGAUUAUGAACAACAAAAUAUUUCUUGGACAUUUUCAUUGAUCAAACGAGCCAUUUUAAUUACAUUGAAUGUAUGGAUUUCAAUAGUAUUUCUUUUGAUUAUUGUAAUAUGGCCACAAAAUGAUUAUUUAAUAAGUAUUGAAAUGUUAAAUGAAAUUGUUCAUUCAAAUAGAAAUGAUUUUAUUAUUAUUGAAACGAUAAUAGCAUUUGUUUUACGUGAAUGUUUAUAUUAUUAUCAUUUGUUUGAAUUAAUUCAAUACAAAUCAAAAAUAACCGAAAUUAUAAUUAAAUAUUGUCAAUAUGAUGAUAAUGAAUUAUCAUUAAAAUAUCGUAAUUAUUUAAUACAAUUUUAUCAAAAAUCUCAUUUUAUUGUUAUUAUUUCUUAUCGAAUGGUUAACAUUGAAAUAUUGGCUGUUUAUUUUUUGGCAAUUUUUUUUGUUUUUUAUCUAUAUCAAUGUGGUCAAAUUAAAUUGAUUAAAUUAAUAAUGACAACAAUAUUUCUUACAAUAUACGUUUGUCAUUGUAUUUUUAUAAUUAGUGAUUCAUUAAUACUUUUAAGUUUUAUACAACGAAAAUUAUUCUGGUAUCAAUUUCAUUCCGAUUAUGUUCAUCUCUAUAGUGAAACUGAUCAAUUUAAUCAAGCACUUCGAUAUGUAUUAUUGUUCACUGAAUUUUGGUCUAAAUCUGUAGUCGUAAUUGGUUUAUUAUUUUAUAGCCAUCAAACCAAAAUGCAAAUGCAAAAUACACUAAUCAUAUUCAUAUUCAUAUUAGUGUUUAGUACAAUAAACAUCUUAAAUUUUAGUAUAGCUCAUAUACCUUCAUAUAAUCGCGUUUGUUGGCUAUCUGUACAUCGUUGGAUUGCUCGAUCACAAUGGUUAAAUUUGGAUCAAAGAAAAUUACUCAAUAGAUUUCCACUACGAUAUUCACUUAAAUCACGUCUAUUUUUACAGUCGAUGACCAGAAAUCAAUUCGGUUUCACUUGUGGUCGAAU